CAGUGCUCCCUGCCCUCGGCUGCCGGCUCGACCCGGCCAUGAAGCCCCGGCAGGCGGAGGUGUCCAUCCCGCUGCAGCCCCCCGGGCGGGGGGUGACCCCCGCCGCCGGCCCCGACGGGCAGCCCCGAGACUACAUGGUCUGGUCCUUCUUCAACGUCCUGCUGGGCUACGGGCUCACCUACCUGGGCUGCCUCUGCUUCCCCGCACUCGUCUUCUCCAUCAAGGCCCGUGACUGCAAGGUACUGGGAGACCUGGAGGGUGCCCGGCGGCAUGGGGCCCGCGCCAAGAUCUUGAACAUCAUCUGCUCCCUCCUACUGGUCCUCGCCGUGGUGGUCAUCGUCAUCAUGGUCAUCAUCGUGACCACCACCACCUCCUCCUGACCGCCGCGGCCACCGACCUGCUUGCUGCCACUGCGUGGGGUGCUUCUCCUCCUCCCGCCGCCUCCUCCUCCUCCCAAAAUGUCCCCGCUUUAGGCGCGUGGUGCAGGGGGAAAGGGAGCGAAGCCCUGUCCCCUCGCUGCCCGCACCCCUGGGUGUCCCAGCACAGCCACCGCGUGGAAGGGGACGGGGUGGGCCAGGUUGGGACGCGGGGGGCAGCCCCCCUCUUUUCUCUGCUUGUGCGCCUUGGCAGGGAGCUGCUGGGCUUCCUGGGAGCUGUGACAUGUAUAGGUCAGUGUUGCCACAAAUAAAGCUCGUCCUGCCAAA